CUCACUCCAACAAGCGGAUGUGUUGUACUUGUCUUCUCACUUCCCUCCUCUACCCACCAUUCUCGUCGUUGAUCGACAGGUGCCGAAAUAUUCGGCCUCUGCUGUUAAUAAUAGAUAACUUACUGUAGCUCCGGGGUCGUGUUGUAUCUCAAUCAGCAGAUUUUAAAUGAAAGAAAACCCUUUACCUUUUUGGAGUUUGAUUUACGACAGUUAUCUUUUCUUCGGGGUUGUGAAGUGUGUGAAGUCUUCGGAGGCGGCAGAAAAGAUUUCCCUGUUGAGUUCUGAGAGGUUGGAUCUGUCUGGACAGAAUGACUCUAAGAGAGAAGGACCAGAACCUGAGCACCGCGCUGCAGAGAUCCAGCAGAGGAGCUGCGAGCUGAGCGAGGCCAAAGAGCAUGUGAAGCGUGUAUAAAGGCCACUGCUGGAGAACUGCACAUCCCUGUUGUGUACCUGAGAUGUUUAAGGACUUUUAAAACAGGGACAUCAUAGUUCUGUUUAAACAAAUGACAGGAAUGGAAUUACCACAAGACCGAGCUGCACAUCAGUUGCUAUGAAAACUACUGCCUGUACGCGGAAGUACAGCACACACAGUGAUUAAAUACUUUGUGAACCUUGUGAUUAUCCACGUCAACAAGUUACAGAAAAGCUGCCCCUCAGAUUUUUUCGAAACAACCACAUCCAGAGAUCACCAGUGUCAACCAUGAAUGACGCAGCGGAGAUGUCGGUGAAGUGCGUCCUGGUUGGGGACAGUGGGGUUGGCAAGACGGCCCUUCUGGUCCGCUUCACCUCAGAGACCUUUCCGGACUCCUACAAGCCCACGGUGUUUGAUAACACAGGGGUGGAGGUGCACAUGGACGGUGUUCAGAUUAGCCUGGGCUUGUGGGACACGGGGGGCAAUGACAACGUCAGACAAAUCCGCCCGAGAUCGUACCAGCAGGCCGACGUCGUCCUCAUCUGCUACUCUGUGGCCAACCCCAACUCUCUGGCCAACAUCCAGAGCAAGUGGAUCGCUGAGGUUCGAGGAAACCUGCCCAGGGUGCCUGUGCUGGUUGUAGCCACCCAGACGGACCUGCGGGAGACGGGGGCACAUCGUGGCGGCUGUAUCACAGCAGCGGAGGGGAGACGCGUGGCUCAAGAGGUCCACGCCAAGGGCUACCUGGAGUGCUCCUCCUUGAGCAACCGAGGCGUGCAGCAGGUCUUUGAGUACGCGGUGCGGACGGCUGUUAACCAGGUCAGGAAACAGGCCAGGAGACGCAUGUUCAGUGUAAACCAGUGCAAAGUCUUUUGACCUUUGACCUCUGACAUGGUGGAUUGUCUUGAACUGUCAUGAAAUGACUCAAUGUGCGUUACUGAUCAAACUCAGAUAGACCUUGUCUAACCCUAAGCCUUGUGCAGAGUUGGAUUUGUUUUAUACUUUCUCACUAACAGGGUCACUGAUUUCAACAUAUUCCUAAGCAACCAUCAUGCAAAUGUUUGAAUGGAAAUGGUACUUUUGUUUGAUCAAUGCUGCGACGUAAAGAAAUGAGUUGAUUCUUCUGAUCUGUUUUUAAGCAAACAACAGUACAUUUCUUGGAGAUACUUCAAGUGGGGCAUCAGGGGAUUUUUUGUCAAUGCUUUUACAAAAAUUCAAGCAUUUUAAACUUUGAUGGUGAUGUAGAUAGCGUGUCGCUUUUCUAAUUGUUUUACCAAUAGCUCAGCCGUGCAAAGAUGAAGACGAAGAAGAAAAACAGUAUGUGAGUCUGGAGCUUGAUCAGCAAAUUAACUUAAGAAAUUCAGCACUAACUUAAGAAUUUCAGCGAAAACCGAAUGCGUGUCUUUAUUACCACAAAUCAAAUGACACAACCAGCUGUAUGGAGCUUUUAAUGUGAUUUACCCAUUUGACAAAAUCAAAUGAGGAAAGUUAUUGUCUUACGCUCCGAAAACAUUUUAUUGAGCUGAAAUCAAUAAAAAAAAUUUAAAUAUAAAAUGGUGCGUAUACGUACUGCCAUUUGUCAGUAAUGAUUUUAUUUAAAUAUGAGUACAUUAACGUGGUUGUCGGCUCAGAAAGUCCAAAGGGACAGUUUCACUGUAUCAGGCUCAACAUGAAGCAUAUUGUCAUAUUUUCUUCUUAGAUUAGAUGAGACUGGGAAAUGAACUGUCAAUAAGGUCCUAGAGUAGAUAAACAGGCCCACAUGUUGAAAUGUUUAUUCAGACAUCAGUUACAAUGAAAUCAAUCGUCACUAAUACAUGACUGUCAACGCAUGUUGUAUCAGCCAUUAAGAAAUUAACUGAAAAUGAACAAAAAAAUAUUUCUAUUUUAUUCAGAAAUUUAUUUUAUAUUAUUAGAGAAACCAAAAAUAAAGUAACAUAAAACAUUAACAACUGAAAUUUUGAGACAUAACAGAAAACGGUGGAUUUCUUUUUGCAUUAUAUUUUUUUAUUGACCUGUUUACCUCCAGUUUAGAAUUAUUGUUAAAUGAUAUAUGUGUCUUGCAAACUGUCUCUGUUGUCAUCUGUUACUGGAAAAUUUGAUUUCAUGUGAUGAAUUAAAACUAAGGAUUUAUCAGAUUGUAAUUUUAGUGAACGACCAAAUAUAAAAUGAAGGUGAAACAUCUAAAAGUUGGAAUACCAUUGAAUCAUC